CGUUCUAACUGGAUCUAUGACGUACUAAGAAGUGUUUGACCAUCUGAGUUGUUUAUUGCUUACCGGUAUCGUUUAAAAGUUAUUUGUCGUUGUUCAAAAUGCAUUCGCUUACUGAAGGAGCAUUAGAUAAAAUAAUGAAUGGCAUCGAUGUCGAUAAGCCGAUACUUCAAAUAUUGGGUCACAAGAAGUUAGCAAGCUCAAGCAGUGGGGAACGCUACAGACUGCUUGUAUCUGAUGGAAAGAGAAUAAACUCUUUUACUAUGUUGGCUACUCAGUUAAAUUCAAUGAUCACAGAUAAUAUAUUGACUGAGUUUUCCAUUUGUCAGAUAAAUAGAUAUGCCAUAAGCAUGGUAAACAAUGCUGGAAAACAAAAGCGUGUGAUGGUAAUAUUAAACAUAGAGGUCAAAUGUCCUGGUGAUGAAGUUAGUCAUAAAAUUGGAAACCCAAGCAAUGCUGAAACAGAAAGUGAUUCUAAACCUGCACAACCUCCACCUCAACAACAAAAGGAUGUUUUGGUACAAAAACAGAGCACAAAUCAAACUUCUACCAAUGAUAUAUCAACAACUCCGAUUGUUGCACUGAGUCCUUAUCAAAACAGAUGGGUGAUAAGAGCUCGAGUUGUCAGCAAAUCUGCUAUCAGAACAUGGAGUAACUCACGCGGAGAAGGAAAAUUGUUUUCCAUGGAUUUGGUUGACGAGAGCGGGGAAAUUAGGUGUACAGCAUUCCGAGAUCAAUGCGAUAAAUUUUACGAAAUGUUGGAGAUUGGGAAAGUGUAUUAUAUUUCCAGAGCUGCUUUGAAAACAGCAAAUAAGCAGUUUAACAAUCUGAGAAAUGAUUACGAGAUGACUCUAAAUGCAGACUCAGAAAUUAUUCCAUGUCACAACAGUGGAGAUGAUAUUCCUUCUCUUCAGUUUGAUUUUCUACCAAUAAGUGAUGUUGAAAAGAAGGAAAAAAAUGAUAUAAUGGACAUUCUGGGAAUUGUUAAGUCUUGCGGUGAUCUCCAAAUGUUGACAUCACGAACCACGGGUAGAGAACUGAAAAAGAAGGAUAUUAAUGUUGUUGAUGAAAGCAAUACAAUGGUAUGCCUUACACUGUGGGGUUCACAAGCUGAAGACUUUGAUGGAUCCAAUAAUCCGGUCCUGGCGAUAAAAGGGGCUCGUGUUGGUGAAUUUAACGGAGGGAAAUCUUUAUCUACCAUUGGUUCUUCGGUUCUCCAAAUUGAUCCAGAUAUUCCAGAAGCGCAUAGAUUGCGCGGUUGGUAUAACACAGUCGGUCGCAACGAGGACAUGAAGUCAGUUUCAAGAACGCUUGGAAGUGGUGGAGGUGCCAGCGGACCGUUGCUCACAUUCAAAGAAGCUAAAGAUAUGGAACUGGGUUUCAAAGGCACAGAGAUGUACACAGUAAAGGCGACCGUAAACAUGAUUCGAAUUGAGAAUGCUCUUUAUAAAUCCUGUCCCAGUGAGAAUUGCAAGAAGAAGUUAAUCGAUCAAGCGAAUGAUAUGUACAGAUGUGAGAAGUGUGAUAAGGAAUAUCCUAACUACAAAUAUCGUGUAUUGGCCAGCUUAAGCUUGGCAGAUUGGACGGAUAAUCAGUGGGCCACAGCGUUCAGCGAUGAAGCAGAAAAAAUAUUGGGUUUGUCAUCUCAAGAACUCGGAGAACUGCAACAGAGCGAUAAUGAGGCGUAUCUUGACAAAUUUGGUGAUGCAACAUUUACGAGUUUCAUAUUUAAAAUAAGAGUCAAAUUAGAAGUAUUCAGUGAUGAGAGCAGGUUGAAAGCAACUUGCGUUAGCGUGUCCCCGGUGGAUUACAAAGUAUACAAUGACCACUUAAUAACUCAAAUCAAGGAAUUAGCUGGCAUUGGAAAGGCUUAAGCUGUAAUCAUAUUUAUGUUUUUGUACAAUCAGUUUAUAUUUAAUUUUCAAACGUUUAAAGCUAGUAUUUCCUUAUAUCGUGAAAUAAUAGUAUAUUUAAUAAAAUAAGCGUAUCUUUUCCUAAAUUGAUCUAUUUUUAUUUUU